AUGAAAUCCACCACCAGCCGCAAGGGACAGACGUCCAUCACUCACUUGAUGAACUUUUCACUUCCACCUCGCCCACAAUACCAAGCACCUCCUCGCAACAUCCGACGGUAUACAUCCUGGGGAGCGGGUGCAGUAGACAAAUCGCGUUAUGUUCAUGCGAAUUACCGGUUUAUUGUGAUGCCAAAUCAAAAUUUCCAUGCUCAGGCAGCCAAUGCGGAUGUCCAUCUCGAUUGGGCCUCGGUCCUUCAAGUACUGGUAUCUGCUCAGACACAGGCUGCCAGUUGUCCCAUUUGUCUUUCUACUCCGGUGGCACCGCGGAUGGCACGGUGUGGUCACAUCUUCUGCCUCCCAUGUCUUAUCCGAUACAUGCACUCAUCCGAUGACGAUAACACGGUCCCUGAAAAACGGCACCGUUGGAAGAAAUGUCCUAUCUGCUGGGACUCGGUGUAUAUCUCCGAGACUCGACCUGUGAGGUGGUUCCGUGGCCAAGAAGGCGAUCUUCCCGUCGAAGGCGGUGAUGUUGUAUUGAGACUUGUAAAGCGAGAGUCGGGCAGCACCCUUGCUCUGCCUCGUGAUGGAUCUGAGACACUUAGUCCAGGCGAGGAUGUUCCGUGGUAUCAUGUGGCGGAAGUUGCCGACUAUGCUAGAAUCAUGAAAGGUGGUGAAGAAUAUAUGGCCGCUCAGUAUGAUGCCGAGAUCGAAGACCUCCGCAGACAGGAAGUUGAAGACGAGCUUCUCUUUGGCGACGAGAAUACUUGGACCAGAAAAGCAAUUGUUUCUAUCAUGGAUGCCAAGGAGAAGCUGAGAGGCAUUGGCAAUCCGCCUGAUGUCCGGCCAGUUAAGGAACGCAAUAUUGCACCUACGCCUGCCAAUGGCUCUUCUGCAGACUCUACUGCGACGCCCGCUACAUCAGCUGAAGCGGAUCAUAUCUCUGAAACCUUAGACGGAGUCCACCUUGAUUCCAAACCCAGUGCCAAAGCUAAAGAGAAAGGCCGCAGCACGCAAGCACCAGCGUCUUCCGGGCCAGAUCAACCGUAUCAUUUUUAUCAGGCAUUGCCUCAGUUCUACCUCUCGUCUUUGGAUAUUCGCAUCCUCAAAGCUGCAUUUGGAGAAUAUUCUUUGUUCCCUGCAACCAUCCUACCACGAGUGGAGCACAUAUCAACAGGCCACAUCGUGGAUGAUGAGCUUCGCAAGCGAGUGAAGUACCUCGGGCAUCUUCCGCAGGGAUGUGAGGUUAGCUUCCUGGAGUGCGACUGGAGGGACGUGGUUGUCCCCGAGGUUUUGGGACGUUUCCGCGCAGAGACUGAUAGGCGACGAAAGCGUAACCGAGAAAAAGAAGCCCGAGAAGAAAAGGAUCGCAUUCGCGCGGAGAAGGAAGAGGACGACAAACGGUGGGCUGCCGCUCGGCGCAAGCGGCCAAGCAUUGGAAGUGCCAGCGUCAGUGAAGCUCCAUUCUCUGCUCAUGACUUCCAACCACUUCCUCACAAUGCGGAUUCUACAUUAUUCAACGCCACCGCCUCCUCGGCCUCUCCUCCACGCUCGUCUGGAUUCGGGGCACUGGCUUCUCCUUCUACCAGUCCCCCGGGUAUCCGCACUGUUUGGGGCACAACGGCAGUGGGCUCACUGUCACCAAGCCUUGAGGCUCAACGGGCUAUACAUAGUGACGGGUGGCGACAGGGCUGGGAGGAUGAGCUCUUCGCCCAGCAGGAAUCUGAUCUGCUCGCUCAGACGGCAUCUGGAGACCAGAAUCUAAGUUCUGGACCAUCUUCUAGUGGGGGUAAGAAAAAGAAGAAGAACAAAACCAAGAUCACAUUGAUGGCCACUAGCAGCCAGAGAGGGGCAUAG